AUGGCCUUCUACACCCAACCCAGCCUUGCGCCACUCUUCCAAUUCCUCAACGACUACGAGACUCCCCAAUACAAGUCUCCCCAAUGUCCCAAGUCCCGCUGCACCAAGCAAGCACUUAGCUCCACCUUCGCACCAGCCUUCGACGUGCGCGAGCUAACAAACGCCUACCACCUCGACGGCGAACUCCCAGGCGUGGACCAAAGCAACAUCGAGAUCGAAUUUACCGAUCCCCACACCCUCGUGAUCAAGGGCCACACAGACCGCGAUUACAUCGACGAUGCCAGCUCAAGCCGCAGCUCCUCUCCUGCAGGCUGGCACAAGCCCACAGUCGAAGACGAGGAUGCCGCGUCCACUAGCUCGGCCGAUACUGUCGACACCGCUGCUUCCCACACCGAGGAUGAUCAGCCUCACUUCUGGGCCAAGGAGAGGUCUAUCGGUGAUUUCCAGCGGACAUUUAGCUUCACUGCGCGUGUUGAUCAGGACUCUGUUCGGGCGAGUCUGAAGAAUGGUGUUUUGUCUGUUAUUGUGCCGAAAGAGGCGACUCCUGCGCCGAAGAAGAUUCGCAUUAUGUGA